AUAGGAAUAUACUUAGGGGUUGCGUAAUUAGAUAGCAUACAGAUCGCUACAAUAUACGUUACCAUCGCAAUUCCCGCGUUCACCAGAGGUUACUCAGCCCAGUGACUGCACACCGAUGUCUUGAUAACAAUUAAGGCAUCGUGAAUCACAACGUUCAGAUACCACAGGGGUAUUAUCAAUACGUUCCGGGUUGUACUAUCAUUCCCAGUGGUGUCGCAUUUAGGGCGCGCUUAUCCAACUUAUCUCAUAUUUGUUUGAGAUAAAAUUAUGAGCCGUGCUGUAGGUGGACUCAUACGGCAGGUACAACCUGUCUUCGCUGAAGGUAUUGUCCCGAACAAUUAUAUUGUUCAUUGACCAGUGGAUGUGAUUUUCGCUUGUUUUGAGAUCGUCGAAGAGUGACCGAUCGAUUGGAUAAUGGCGAUCAAGGGGUCUGAAGCUGCGAGGCUCGAGAGGGCUAUCGGAUGUGUUAAGUACACAGUUUUUUCUUUCAACGCCAUUUUAUGGAUUUUUGGCGCUGGAAUGUUUGGUGUUUCUGUCUGGAUGAGGGCAGAUCCUGGCUUUCAAGAAUGGGUGGAGUUCCUUGAGAUGCAGGAGUUCUACAUCGGACUCUACAUUUUAAUAAUUGCGUCGAUUCUCGUAAUGGUGGUAGCAUUCUUCGGUUGUGCGGUUGUUCUCAUGGAGCAUAUUCUCGGCCUUUACAUUCACAUUGGUCUUCAGAUGCUUGGGUUCUGCCUUGGUCUUGCAGGCACUGGUGUCCUCUUGGAUUACUCCACUUAUGACAGCAACAUUCAACCAAUUAUUCGGAAAUCCAUGACCUCGUUGAUCGUUAAUUCACAAUAUGAGAAACCGGCGAUGGUCCUCAGGAUGAUUCAAGAGGGUAUCGGAUGUUGCGGCUCCGAUGGUCCCAUGGACUAUCUCAGUCUCUACAAACCAUUGCCCACCGAAUGUAGGGACACCGUGACCGGAAAUGCCUUUUUCCACGGUUGCGUCGAGGAAUUAACGUGGUUCCUUGAGACGCGGUCCGGCUGGUUAGCCGGGCUCGCCCUCUCCCUCUGUCUCCUACAUGUGAUUCAGGCUGUCCUCUCGCUAAUUCUCAUCCAAGCCCGACAGAAGGAGGAUGAAGCGACUAUUUAUAAACGUUAGAAAUAUCGAAUGGGUUUUAUAUCAGCAUCUAAUAAUUAUUUAAGCCGAAAAUUAUUCUGAAUAUACGAUAUUUUUUCUAUGAA